CCUGGAGAAUGAAUCUCCGAUAAAUGCCCUCCUUCGCCCCGCCUUUGCUUUUAUACACCCCUCCUCCCUCCCGCUUAUCUUCCGUCCAUGAUUUCUUGAUCUCUACCACAUAGUUCAUUAUACCCGGAUUUACUUGCAUACGACCCUUUCCUACUUCACCUCACUUUGUAUAAAUUCCCUCCAUCCUCUUCCCAACAUGACACGUCUGGACGUGGAAAAGACCAUCGAGGAGCUCACGCUGGGCGAAAAAGUAGCUCUCACAGCCGGUGUUGAUUUCUGGCACACCGCUGCCAUCGACCGGCUGAACAUUCCCGCCUUGCGGAUGUCCGAUGGGCCCAACGGCGUGCGUGGAACCCGCUUCUUCAAUGGCAUCCCCGCGGCCUGCUUUCCCUGUGCCACCGCCCUCGGAGCCACCUGGGACACCCAAUUGUUGCACGAGAUCGGUCAGCUCAUGGGCGAAGAGUCCAUCGCCAAGGGCGCCCAUAUCGUCCUCGGUCCCACCAUCAACAUCCAACGCUCUCCGCUGGGCGGUCGAGGGUUCGAGUCCUUUGCCGAGGAUGGCGUGCUUUCGGGCACUCUGGCUGGGAACUUUUGCAAGGGUAUCCAGGAGAAGGGUGUCGCAGCUACCCUCAAGCACUUUGUGUGUAAUGAUCAGGAGCAUGAGCGGAUGGCGGUGAAUAGCAUCGUCACGAUGCGCGCCCUGCGUGAGAUCUAUCUCUUGCCUUUUCAGUUGGCGAUGCGCAUCUGUCCGACUGCUUGUGUCAUGACGGCGUAUAAUAAAGUCAAUGGGACGCAUGUGAGUGAGAACAAGCAGAUCAUUACGGAUAUUCUCCGGAAGGAGUGGAAGUGGGAUGGUCUGGUUAUGAGUGAUUGGUUCGGAACCUACACCACCUCCGAUGCCAUCGAGGCUGGUCUGGACCUCGAAAUGCCCGGCAAGACACGCUGGCGUGGAUCUGCCCUGGCACAUGCCGUCUCUUCCAACAAGGUCCCCGAGUUUGUCUUGGAUGACCGCGUCCGCAACAUUCUCAACCUCAUCAACUGGGUCGAACCCCUCGGCAUCCCCGGAGGUGCCCCCGAAAAAGCCCUCAACCGGCCCCAAGACCAGGCUCUGCUUCGCCGCGCUGCCGCCGAGUCGGUCGUCCUCAUGAAGAAUGAAGACAACCUCCUCCCUCUCAGUAAAGAUAAAUCCAUCCUCGUCAUCGGUCCCAAUGCCAAGAUUGCUGCCUACUGCGGCGGCGGCUCUGCCUCCCUGGAUCCCUACUACACCGUUUCGCCCUACGACGGCGUCGCCGCCAAAACCAACGCCGACAUCCAGUUCUCGCAAGGCGUCUACUCCCACAAAGAACUGCCUCUCAUCGGCCCUCUCCUCAAAACUGCCGACGACAAACCCGGAUUCACCUUCCGCGUCUACAAUGAACCCCCCUCAUCGCCCUCCCGCACCCUCGUGGAUGAACUCCACCUCCUCCGCUCCACCGGCUUCCUGAUGGACUACAUCAACCCCAAAAUCAACUCCCUCACCUACUACAUCGACAUGGAAGGCUACUUCACCCCUUCCGAAUCCGGCAUCUACGACUUCGGCGUCACCGUCGUCGGCACUGGUCGCCUCCUCAUCGACGACGAACUCGUCGUCGACAACACCAAGAACCAGCGUCAAGGCUCCGCCUUCUUCGGCACCGCCACCGUCGAAGAACGCGGCUCCAAACACCUCAACGCCAACCAAACCUACAAAGUCGUCUUCGAAUUCGGUACCGCCCCCACCUCCGACCUCGACACCCGCGGCAUCGUCGUCUUCGGCCCCGGUGGCUUCCGCUUCGGCGCCGCCCGCCAAACCACCCAAGAAGACCUGAUCUCCGCCGCCGUCACCCAAGCCCGCACCGCAGACCAAGUCGUGAUCUUCGCCGGCCUCACCAGCGAAUGGGAAACCGAAGGCCACGACCGCGAACACAUGGACCUGCCCCCGGGCACCGAUGACAUGAUCUCCCGCGUCCUCGACGCCAACCCCAACACCGUCGUCGUCCUCCAAUCCGGCACUCCCGUCACCAUGCCCUGGAUCCAUCAAACCAAAGCCCUCCUCCACGCCUGGUUCGGCGGCAACGAAUGCGGCAACGGCAUCGCCGACAUCCUCUACGGCGACGUCAACCCCUCCGCCAAACUCCCCGUCAGCUUCCCCGUCCGCCUCCAAGACAACCCCAGCUACCUGAACUUCCGCUCCGAACGCGGCCGAGUCCUCUACGGCGAAGACAUCUACGUCGGCUACAAAUACUACGACAAGAUCAACCUCCCCCCACUCUUCCCCUUCGGCCACGGCCUCUCCUACACCACCUUCUCCCGCGCCAACCUCUCCCUCACCACGGUCCCGGAACAACCCACCCUCCACGACGGCGAACCCGUCACCGCCACCCUCACCGUGAAAAAUACCGGCUCCGUCCCCGGCGCCGAAAUCAUCCAAUUAUGGGUCCUUCCGCCGUCUGUCACCGGGGUGACUCGUCCCGUGCGAGAACUCAAGGGCUUCACGAAGGUGUUCCUUAACCCGGAUGAAGAGAAACAGGUGGAGAUUGUCGUGGAGAAGAAACUGGCGACGAGCUGGUGGGACGAGCAGCGCGAGAAAUGGGUCUCGGAGAAGGGAGAGUAUGGGGUCUUGGUUACGGGGACUGGGGAGGAGGAACUCCGGGGGCAGUUUACGGUCGAGAGGACGAGGUAUUGGGUGGGGUUGUAGGGGUUGUCUUCUUUGCAGCAACAUUUUUUUUUUUUGAAUCUUUAGAGAUGGAUAGUCCGACGUGGAUGCGUGGAGAUGAGGGAAAUACAUAGGGUAGGUAGGUAGGAUGCUAG